CCAAACGGAGACUGAGGAAACUAACAGUAACAGUAGGCACACACAUUUUCUUUCUCGAUUCAUAAAAUUUUACCAGCUUCCAAACACACCUCGAAAAUUUUCUAGGGUUUCACAGAGUCUUCUUCCCCAAAUCGAAUCUCUAACCCUACAAUGCUCGGGGGAUUAUACGGAGAUCUCCCUCCACCUUCCUCCACCGAUGAAGACACCAACAGAACCACCACCAACUCCUCAAACGUCUGGUCCAGCAGCGCCAAGAUGGCUCCGCCAACUCUCCGCAAACCAGCUUUCGCGCCGCCGCAAACGGUUCUCAAAACCCUAAUCAAGCCCAAAUCAUCAAACUUGGCUAGGACGGCGGCGCCGCCGGUGGUGGUGGCGGAGGACGACGGUCGGAGUCCCAAUUUCCAGCCGGCGCUUUGUGGGGUCACGGCGUCGGUGAUCGAGGAGUAUGAUCCGGCGAGGCCGAAUGAUUAUGAGGAUUAUAGGAGAGAGAGGAAGAGGAAGGCAAUGGAGGCGGAGGUGAAGAGGGAGUUGGAUAGGAGGAGGCAAGAGGAGGAAGAGAGGGAUAGGGAGAGAGAGAGGAGAGAGAAAGAGGCGGCGACGGAGAGGGAGAGGGAGAGGGAAAAGGAUUUUGGGGAUUCUUCGAGGUUGAAUAUUUCCGGUGAGGAAGCGUGGAAGAGGAGGGCGGCGAUGAGCGGAGCUAUGCCGCGAUCACCUUCGCCGCCGUCGAGUGGGGACGGGUUUAGUAUUGGGAAAUCGGAGACGGGUGGGUUAGGGAUUGGUUCAGGUGGGCAAAUGAGUGCGGCGCAAAGAAUGAUGGCAAAAAUGGGGUGGAAGGAAGGGCAAGGGCUUGGGAAGCAGGAACAGGGGAUUACGACUCCGUUGAUGGCGAGGAAGACAGAUAAGAGAGCUGGGGUUAUUGUCAAUGCGAGUGAAAAUAAGCCGGAGAAGAAGUUGAAGAGUGUGAAUUUUAAUGGACCGCCUACUCGGGUUUUGUUGCUUAGAAACAUGGUUGGCCCUGGUGAGGUAGAUGAUGAGCUAGAGGAGGAGGUUGGAACAGAAUGCACCAAGUUUGGGACAGUAACUCGGGUCCUCAUAUUUGAGAUAACAGAGCCGAAUUUCCCCUCUGAGGAGGCAGUUAGAAUCUUCGUGCAGUUUGAGAGAUCAGAAGAGACAACCAAAGCACUUAUCGAUCUUGAAGGACGUUUCUUUGGGGGUAGGGUGGUUAAAGCUACUUUCUAUGAUGAAGACAAGUUCAAUAAGAACGAGUUGGCUCCGAUGCCAGGGGAAAUCCCUGGUUUCUAAAUUGCAGUAGUAAGUUUCCGAUGUAAGUGGUAUUUGGAUUUCCAUUGACAAAUGUGAGGAUCUGACAGGUGUAAGUAGGAUUCAAACUUUGAGUAACCUUUUAGUUCUUGAAUAUGGAUGGAGAGUUUGCUCAAAAUCAUGCUUGUAACAUUAGCAAACAAUAGUUGCAUUGAGGACAUUGUUACAAUUAUUGGAAACAACUUUUGGGUGUUGUGAUCAAUUUGUGAGUUUAUCCUAUAGGCUAAGUUUGAAUGACAAAAAUCUUCAGGGGGAAUGAGAAUGUGAUUUUGGGUUCUUAUGA